UUGCUCACAUUUCGUGUCCCGAAUAUUCAGUCUCGGUUUGACAGCUUGGACGACAACAAGUCUUUGGUGGGAUGUGUUUUUUGAGUGUUUGAUUGCCAAAAUGGACCGGGUUCAUCGAAAUCGGUUGGAGGUUCAUCGGCAGUCCAUUGUGGACGAUCUGGAAGUGAUUGUUAUUUCUGACACUCUGGUUGAGAAAGGAGUAAUAUCGGAAGCUCAGAAUACAUCCAUCUUAUUGGAGAAAACUGAACAUGAUCAAGCAAGAAAACUCUUGGACAUUCUUCCCAACCAAGGCCCCGAUGCUUUUGGCAUUUUCGUUGAGGUAUUGAGAUCUGACUAUGAUUGGUUGGCCGAGAAGCUCGAGUCCGCAGAUUCGGAUCACCUCAAGGCUUCUGAAGAUGAAUUGGUGCAACUUGAAAUCUUGGACAGGUUGUUGCUGAAAGGUGGAGUACCUCAUCAGCUAUCGCAUCGGAUCACCCGAGAGGAAAAAUUAGGGGUGUUGAAGGAAAAACUGGAAUCCCUCAAGCCCGGCAAUUUCUUAGUCCUGCAUGGCACCCCAGGAUCCGGAAAGUCUGUUUUGGCAGCUGAAGCUCUUCGAGAUCCGGCCAUCUCAUUAAAAUAUUUCCCUGAUGGGGUCUUUUGGUUCAGAGUAGGAAUGCUGGAGGAACACAAGCUUCUUGAAAGGAUACAAAUAUUUUGCGAAAAACUUGACGCCCCAACCAAACCCACGAGUAUCGAGCAUGGGCAAGAGAUCUUACGGAAGUAAGUGAUUUAUGGUGGAGAUAAUCUUUUAUAAAAUGCAAUGUCGCACAUUG